GGAGCAAAAAGCAGGAGAAAAAGCUGGCAAGCCCGGUCGCCGAGGCAGCCAGAUAAUUUCAAUAAGCUCAGCCCCCAAGUUCGACGGGAGCCGCAGGCGCGGCCGCGCCACAACACCUGCCCCCAAGCUCGACGGGGAACCGCACUGCGGCCACACCACCAUGCCGGCCUCGCCCAACAGCUGGGCGGCCUGCCCCGGCCCCGCCGCCUUCGAAGGCAUCAGCUUCAGCCACGACCCGGACAUUCCCGACGAGCCGGUGCGCGAUUCGGCGCCCAUCUCGCUGCCCGCCCUGGCGUCGCCGCCGAAGAAGCGCUCCAGCGGCGGCGGCGCCGGCUACGGCGGAUCUGGGCGCGGCAGCGGCGGCAACUCCGCACGCGAGACCGAGAACGACAGCCGCGUCCUGUCCUGGAUCGAAGAUUUGGCGGACGUCGACGGCAGUGCCUACCCCGAGGCGACGCGCGAGCAGCGCGCCCGCGGCGACCCCGAGGCGCUGCGCGAGGCGACGCGCGAGGCGCGGCUCUCGGGAGAAAUGGCCACGGACGCGUUCUCCGGGCCGACGUCGCCCUACAGCUCGCCGUCGAAUCGCCGCUCGCCCGGCCGCCACCAGACGCUCGAGGCCCUCGAGCACCACGGCCUCGCCGCGCGCUACGUCGCCUUCGAGGAGCCCGGGCCGAAAUCCCCGAGCGGCUGGUCGUCGCCGGCGGGCGAGAACCCCUUCGACGAGGCCGUCCGCGCGUCGGCCGCCGCCCAGCGCCUCGCGCCGUUCAAGGACCCGCUGCUCGAGUCGUUCUGAAGGAAGUAAGUAGGUAUCGACGAGUUACUCCCCCAACGGCGACGAGGGGCGCGCGCUCGGCCGUCUGGCUGCGCCGC